GCCAUGUGAAUUGGACUAUGCCAUCCGAAUACCAUAGAUCCACCACAAGCAUGGAAGGUCGGCGUCACUAUGUGGACCCGUCCAUCACAAUCGAUGAAGGCGAAUCCAUUCCGUUGCCCCCUACUACUACUACUUCGUUGCCCCUGAAAGCAGCACUCUUCUCCCCGAGAGAGCUUGCUCUCGAGAGCCGUUGCAACUCGACAGGAGGCACAGAGAAUGACUUGUGGAAGCGCCGCUCGUCGACCAUAAAACUGCAACCAAGAGUGUUGGCAACCAAACCGCUUCCAUUCGUGCCGCGGCGCCUAUCUGGCCGUUCCCGCCUGUAUCGGAGAGUCGAAGGUGAAGCACGCGACCAUCACGCGGCGCCUUUGACGAUCGUGUUGAAAAUGACUGUGGAGGCACACGACGACUUGCGCACGUCGUUUGUGCUGAGUCCGCACCUUCUGGACAACGGCAUUGGCAGAGACGCGUCGAAUGCUGUGAGCGUUCCUGCAGACAAGCACAUGGCCGAGCGCAACCACGCAGUCGUGCGGUUCCACAACGGCGGCGGGUACUUCAUAUCGAGCCACGAUCAGGCCAACUAUGGCACGUACAUCCGACUGUCGCCGUGCAUUCCGGGGGACAUGGCGUCGGCCACGCAGUGGCCAUUGGCGGUGGGGUGUCACUUUCGAGUGGGCAAGUCCGACUUUGAAGUGGUGGCGAUGGAAGACGACGACGACAGCCAUGAUGUGGUGCUGUCUCUGCGCGUGUUGUGUGGAAAGCUCUCUGGGAAAACGUACCGGCUAGGCUCGGCGGGGGGGACAAUCGGGCGGUCGGCUGACAACACAAUUCACACGGGCGACGGGGAGCUCUCGCGCCGACAUGCCGCCAUUUGGUGGGACGAAACCGGGUUUUACCUGCAAGACUUGGGGUCUACGAACGGCACGUUUAUGAAAUUGCAUGGGGCGUACCGCCAACCGUAUCGGCUCGAAAUCGGCGACCAAAUCCUCGUCUCUCAGACGUGCUUUUCUGUGAAUCGGUUUGACGUGGGCGUGUGGGAAGAUAUGGGCACGCGCAAACACAUGGAAGAUGCCCACAUGAUCGUUCAAGACCUCAACAUUGCCGAGCUGACGGCAGCAGGCAUGUACCCGCAGUCGUUUUUCGGAGUGUUUGAUGGCCACGGGGGCAUGGAAGCGUCGCAGUAUGUCAACGAGCACCUGCACAAGAACAUUUCCAGCCACAUCAGUGCCCAGUGCAGUACCCACCACGGCCAAAGCGUAUCCAGCAAUGACAUGCACACUCUGAUCACCCAAGGCCUGUCCAGCGCAUUUGACACGACCGACGCAGAUUUUUUAAACAGUUCAAGCCGGCCCCAAGCGGGCAGCACUGCCACUACAGUCAUGGUGGCGGGCUCGAUCAUAUACGUUGCCAACGUCGGCGACUCGCGCACUGUGCUGAGUCGCCACGGACGAGCGAUUCGACUCUCCAACGACCACAAACCCUCCAGGCCGGACGAAGCGCAGCGAAUUCGAGACACCGGUGGCUUUAUCAUUCACGGGCGUGUGAUGGGCGAGUUGGCCGUGUCAAGGGCGUUUGGCGACUCGGACUUCAAAACCUACGACGCGUACUCGUGUCAUCCGUCUGGCCUGACCCUCGAAGAUGAACAUGGGGUGGAGCAACCGAUGGUCAAUCCAAGUGAAAUCCUCAAGGGCCCGUUGGUCAUUUCUACGCCCGAAAUUUCGCACGUCGAAAUCACAGGUUGGGAUUAUUUCGUGUAUUUAAAAUGGCAAAUUUCUUGAUAGAACACGACGAGUUUCUACUCUUGGCAUGCGACGGCUUGUUUGACGUGUUGGAAGACCAAGUAGCCGUUGACUUUAUCAGGCAUGAAUUGAGCAACGGGGAGGACGUCCAGCGAACCGUGGAGGUUUGACAUCCGUAUUUGCAGCGAAUUAUCACAACCUUCGUAGAACUUGGUCCAUUACGCAAUAGAUGUCCAAGGGUCGCGGGACAACGUGACUGCGAUUGUCGUGGUGCUGAAUCCACACCAGUACUAGACACCCGACACCGUUUACCAAGAUUAAACAUACUGGCAAAGUAUACUACCUUGUUCCGUCUUCGAUACAUUGGAUUCGAAACUGAGAAAACGUCGA